CAUACGUAUUCUUUUCACGAAUGACCAAGACCAAACAGGUUUGUAUCAAAACUGGAUUGAUCAAGAAGUAACCGUCGCUUAGAAAGAAAUUGUACCUUGACAGAUCGGAUGCCCACGCUUCUGUAGACCUAGCGCGUCUGGCAGCCACCGCUCCGGAAAAGCUAGGUGCCUCCUGAUCCCUGAACUUGUGUGGAGUACACCACCCCCCAGCCUAAACCAGACAGACGUCUGUCUACCUUGAGGUCCUGUCACCCCUCGACUACGAGGUACCAAAUCGUUACUCUACAAAGCCUCGUCAAUUGGGUUCCGCUGGCGGACGAAUAGAAGAGGAUCACUCAACAUGAUACAACUGUCACGACUCCCAUGGGGCCUUCGGGUUUCCCUGUUGACUGCGCUUCUCCCACUUGCAUCUGGAGCUCCGUCGGUCGAGGUGUCUAUGCAGGCGGCCUUCCCAUCUCCUCCGUAUCUGCUAGAGCUUCUCGAAACUGCAGCACAAGAAAACGACGAUGCCUAUUUUCCACUUCUAGAUCGCAUUGCAAGCGGUCACUUCGCCAAGGCCUCCUCUGACCGGGAGCUGUACGAAACGUUCCUCCAGGUAUUGCAAGAAGAUGGGCAUAUCACAAGCCCUGAUGCGCUAUCUACUUUUAAGCUGGCGCUGUCCAUGCGCUCAGCUGCACCCCGGAUUGAGGCCCACUACCAACACUACAGAACUGCGGUUGAACCCAAGCUCCAGGGCAAGGCUGAUAAUUGCCCGGAAUGGAUAUUGAAAUCAGGAGAGAUAUUCUGCUCUGUCGAUGAGACGAAAGGAGUGGCCAGGAUUGAGGGGGGUGCGCUGUCAAAAGAUAUACUUUUUGACCAAGAGCUAGGGGACAGUUCGGAAGGGGUAGUUCUUUACGCCGAUAUCACAUCCCCAAGCUUUGGCGCUUUCCACAACACACUGGCAACGGCAGCGCGGAACGGAGGCCCAUCAUAUAGACUGCGGCACAGGAGCAUCACCACUUCUUCGAAGGAGCCUCUAUAUCUCAGCGGGUAUGGUGUCGAGUUGGCAUUAAAAAGAACCGACUACAUUGUCAUUGAUGACAGAGCAAACCAGAAGACUGCCCAGGAUGAUCCUGCCCAGAAGCCGCUGGCCGGUGGCUCUUCUGAGAUUGUCCUCAACGGCGAUGAGGAGGUGACAGAUCUGAAGCCGCUAUCAGCUUCUGAACUCGAGGAGCUAGGACUGAAGGCAGCGGAUUUCAUCCUCCGCGGCGAAAAACCGUUCGAGACACUCUUGAAGCUUACACAGGACUUUCCGAAAUAUUCGGCAUCUGUUUCGGCUCACAAUGUAUCUGCGGAAUUUCGCAGAGAACGGAAUGCCAACCACAUGCUUCUGCAAAUACCAUCCGGGUCCAACAUAUUGUGGAUGAACGGUGUUCAACUGAUUGAGCGGCAGAUUCAGUCAUUUGGAUUGGUUGACGUUCUACGAAGGGAGCGGCAGCUAAUCAACGAGGUUCGGGAUUUGGGUCUGUCUGGCGAAGAAGCUGUUGAUCUCUUGUCUCAUUCACAUGUUGCGUCGUCAAAAUCCGACGAUGAGCCCGCUCGCUUUGACUGGCGAGAUGAGAAGGAGGACGGCAGGGUUAUCAUCUGGCUCAACAACCUCGAAAAGGACAAGCGUUACGAGAACUACAGCCCACACAUAAUGACUUUAUUGUCUGGUGGCAUUCCGGGCCAACUCCCCCCUAUUCGUAGAAACGUUUUCAACAUCGUCCUUCCUGUGGAUUUCUCAAAGGCCUCUGACCUGGCAUUAGCGACCAACCAACUAAUCGGUUUCGUCAAACAACGUGUCCCAAUCCGCUUUGGUUUGGCCCCGCUUACAUCUACUACUGAGGCAGAAGACCAGGCCAAAGUCGUCUACCACUUGUUGGAAACGUAUGGGUUGUCAUCCCUCAUGGCUUAUCUCGAAGCAUGCCUUGACGGAAGCAUAGCGGGUGCCAACCAGCAAGCGUUCGAUGCCGCUAUUAAAGACCGCACUGUCCGAUCCGAGUUGACGGCCUUGUCGCUCAAGGAAGUUCUGGCAUCUGAGGCUUACACCAAUCAAGUGACUCUCGCAAAACAGUGGUCAUCUAGGCUUGGUGCCAACUCUGUGGUACCACCUAUUUUUGUCAACGGUUUUGUCUUUUCCCGGGACUCGGAGAACAGAUGGAUGGGGAUGAUGAGCGGCCGAAUCUCCGGUGACUUGCGGUCGCUACAAGAAGGUAUCUACUAUGGUACCAUUAACGACCAAACAAAUGUGGCUGAGAUUUUCCUUGCGGGUGCUUCCAGUCGUCGCAACCAUUACAUCUUCCCAGAAAACGACAACGGCCUGACAAUCCUCGACGUAAACAAGGUUUACACCCGUCAUGAUGAUCUAUUCAGCAAAACCACGGUUAUCAAAUCUAGUCCAGAUUCUGACAAGGAGGCGUGGGCUCUCUUGACGGUCUUUGUUGACCUGGACAGCAAGGAUGGGCGUGAGCUCCUCUUGUCAGCCCUAAGAUUCCGCAGGAGCAACCCCGGCGUUCAACUUGAGAUCGUGCACAACGCGGCGCAGAAGACAUCUCAUGAUAUUAACAGCAAUCUCAAAGAACACACUGAUCGUCUACUUGCGGUCGAGUCUGACGAAGGUCUUGUUGCAAUCCUCGACGAGAUCCGAAAUGCACCCCAAACCAACAUUGGGCUUGAAUAUGCCCAAGCUCUGCAGAAAUUCCAGAAAACAGCAAAUUUUGGACCAGGCAGGUCCUUUUUGAUGCUGAAUGGACGCGUUAUUGGGCCUAUCCAAUCAGCUUCUGAGUUCGGCGACUCUGACUUCCAGACCUUUCUUGAAUUCGAACAAAACUCCAGGAUUACACCGGUAUACAAGGCACUUGAGGAACUGGGACUAGGGGAUAAGCUAUCAGAUCCAGUGGCGGCGGCUAAAUUGACUUCAAUAACCGCCUUGUCUACCAUUUCUGAUCUUCCAGAUGGAGCGUUUGAGAACCCCCCAACUCUUAGGAUAUCAUCCUUCAAGUUAUGGAACUCGACGCACUCAGGCUUUGAAGUCGGCGAUCGAUCCAAGGCUUCGAUUUUCUUCACUGCUGUUAUUGACCCCGCAAGCGAACUUGGACAGAAAUGGACGCCUCUACUCAAGGUCUUGUCUGAGCUUGAGGGUGUGCAUUUGAAGGUCUUCAUGAACCCAAUGGAUCGUCUGGAAGAACUUCCGGUUAAGAGAUUUUAUCGCUUCGUCAUGGACUCUGCUCCGGUAUUUGACGAAGCAGGCAAGCUCAAGGUUCCCUCUGCGUCUUUCAAAGGGUUACCGUCAGAAGCUUUGCUAAAUCUGGGUAUGGACGUCCCACCGGCGUGGCUGGUCGCCCCCAAGGUCUCUGUCCAUGAUCUCGACAACAUCAAGCUGAGCUCUGUAACAUCUGAUGUCACGGCUAUCUAUGAGCUGGAAAACAUUUUGAUCGAGGGACACGCGAGGAGCCCUGAUUCAGACACUCCUAGAGGCGUGCAGCUUGUCCUUGGGACGGAAUCUGACCCACGAGUUGCGGACACCAUCAUCAUGGCAAACUUGGGAUAUCUUCAGUUCAAAGCCAAUCCCGGCAUUUACGACAUCACCCUCGAGAAAGGCCGCAGCUCAGAUAUCUUCUAUAUUGAGAGCAUUGGCGCCCAUGGGUUCUCGCCUGUUCCCGGUGAUGAGACUACUGAGGUCGCACUUUUGGACUUCUUGGGUACGACACUUUACCCACGGCUUCGGCGGAACCCAGGCAAAGAGGGUUUGGACGUACUGGAAGAGGGUGCCACGAAAUCGCCCGGCAAUGCCGGUGGUGCAAUGGACUUUGUUAACAAGGGACUCAAAUUUGCCGAAAGCAUUCUGGGCAGCGCUAAAGGCAAGGCCAAGGGAAAAUCGCCAUCCGAACUGCAACACGCUGAGAUCAACAUUUUCUCGGUCGCAAGUGGUCACUUGUACGAACGCAUGUUGAAUAUCAUGAUGGUCAGCGUAAUGCGCCAUACGAACCACACAGUCAAGUUUUGGUUCAUCGAGCAGUUUCUCUCACCGUCUUUCAAAGACUUUAUUCCCCACAUGGCAGCCGAGUAUGGGUUUAAAUAUGAGAUGGUUACGUACAAGUGGCCACACUGGCUUCGACAGCAAAAAGAGAAGCAGCGCGAGAUUUGGGGCUACAAGAUCCUUUUCUUGGACGUUCUCUUCCCACUGACGUUGGACAAAGUUAUCUUUGUGGAUGCCGAUCAGAUCGUACGAACUGAUAUGUAUGACCUCGUACAGCUCGACCUCCAGGGCGCUCCAUACGGCUUCACGCCCAUGUGUGACUCGCGGACGGAGAUGGAGGGCUUCAGAUUUUGGAAGCAGGGCUAUUGGGAGCGGUACUUGAAGGGUCUACCGUACCACAUCUCAGCACUAUAUGUGGUUGAUUUGCGGCGAUUCCGUGAACUGGCUGCUGGUGACCGUCUGCGCCAAACUUACCACAGUCUGUCAGCGGAUCCAAAUUCCCUUUCGAACCUCGAUCAGGAUCUACCCAACCAUAUGCAGUUCUCGAUUCCCAUCUUCAGUCUUCCGCAGGAGUGGUUGUGGUGUGAAACUUGGUGCAGCGAUGAAACUCAGCCUAUGGCCAAGACCAUUGACCUCUGCAAUAACCCGAUGACCAAGGAACCAAAACUCGACAGAGCACGGAGGCAGGUGCCCGAGUGGAACGUAUACGAUGCCGAGAUUGCGGCAGUAGACCGCAAGCGCAAGGGCUUACCAGUGUCCGGCGAUGCUACCAGCGAACAGGCGGCAAAGAACCCCAAGAGUCGGACACUGGCGGUGGAACCAGAGAAUACACACAUUGUGGACGAGCUGUGAUUCUGCAUCAAGAGCACAUUAAUAACAAUAUGGACAUGAAAUGUAAACAGACUAGAGUUGUGAUAUUAGAACAGUCGAUUUGGACUGUUUACAGGGCCAUGGUGGUAUAUAGCAAGCGUUCUUCUAGAUAUCAAGCUUCCAUUGUCC